AAGUGACUUGCCGGAAGUCGUGGUAGCAGCUCGGUAACGGCAGCGACCUUGUACAGGGCAUGCUGUCCACAACAGUUUCGUUAGUUUGCCAUCGUAAAAUGCCGGCGUAAUUCGCACGUACGAAGUGGCCGUUCGGUGUUUAUAGUGUCCUUCUCAGCGAUAACAUGUUUUCCUUCAUCAAGGUCGCAGUCGGUGGAUUGGGAGGCGUCUGUCGAGCACACGGUCACCAGCAAGGUCCCCUAAACAGCCACUUGAAAGUCCUGUUUGCAGGACUGAAGACACUCGAAAUGCCACCAGACUACAGCGAUGUGGUGCUGCCAGAGAAGCCUAAAUUGAAGUUCAUGAACAAGGUUCCCAACUUUAAGAAAGCAAAGAAAGAGAUGAAGAAGCUUCGGGAUAUUCAAGGUCCAGCAAAGGCAGCAAAUACCUUCACGACAGGAAAGUACGCUAUUGUGGCCAUGGGAGGGGGCUACCUUCACUGGGGCCACAUAGAGAUGAUCCGUCUAACCGUCAACCGCAAGAUGGAUUCCCGGACCACAUUUGCACGCUGGCGCAUCAAUGGCCCGUAUAAGCCCAUCACGCGCAAAGGUCUGGGUCAGCGCAUGGGUGGGGGCAAGGGAGCCAUCGACCACUAUGUGACACCCAUCCGCUACGGUCGAUUAAUUGUGGAAGUGGGAGGAAAGGUGGAGCUCGGGGAGGUUGAGCCAAUCUUGAUUGAAGUGGCAAAGAAGCUCCCCUUCCCUGCCAAGGUGAUGACCAGAGAGAGCUUAGCGGCCCUACAAAAGAAGCAUGUUGAGAUGGAGCAGAACAACCAGAAUCCCUGGACCUUCAGGGAGAUCGCACUGGGCAACAUGCUGGGUAUCAGGAAGGUGCUCAGCCCCUUCGACCUGCGCAGCCAUGGCUGCUUCACUGGCAAAUUUCACCUCCCAUGGAGGGUGUGAUGGACCUGAGGGACAGAAAUGGACAGUGUCCCACUGAAACAGGACCACCAUGUGGAAGAAGCAACCCAAAUAAAUAGCCAUGCCGGGAAUUUUAUUUCAUUUUUAUUUCAUAUGCAAACAUAUUUGUGAGAUAUUACUUUGUCAGGGAGAUUUCUUUUUUUCAUCAAAAACCCCCAAUAAACUAGAUACUGUAUUUCAUUAUCACAUGGUCACAGAGUGUCACAUUGUUGGAUUAAACGGUCUAUUUCUAAUUGGCUACAAAAAAGUAAAAAGGAAGUGAAAAAUGUAUCACAGAUUCUCUCACGUGUUGCAAUAAACCUGUUUUUACUGGAGGUGUAUUUGCUAAUGCUGUUGAAAUAAGUAUCACAAUUCCCCUAAUAAAUACAUCUUUAGUG